GCUGUGGCGCUUGACAGAUGGAGCUGGUGUGACUCGGUGUCAGGGCUGAGAGAACAUUUGGGGGAAAACAGGAACAAAAUUCAGGGUUUAUUUUAUUUAUUUUUUUAAUCUGCAAUGAAAACUGAACAGACUGAAAAUGGAGAAAACUCAACGAACUCGCAGAGCGAAAUGCUGAUCAACCAGCUGAGGGAGAUCACUGGCAUCCAGGAUCCACAGAUUCUCUACAAAGCCUUGAAUGCCAGUCAGGGUGACAUUGGACAUGCUGUUGGACUGCUAACAACACAGACCGCGGAGGUUCAGGAUCCCGGAGAACCGCAGGAGUUAAAGACUUCUGAGGAAGCCUGGGAGGGCCAAAAAGGGAUUCGUAAAGACGAACUGCAGACCGCCAUAGAGCUCAGCCUGCAGGAGUCCCACAAUGCCGAGGAGGAGGAGAGGGAAUUCCACAGGGCUCUGGAGGCCAGCGCGGAGGAGAAUGCAGCAAGGAUGAAAAGGAAAAGAUGCGAAGCCCAGAAUGAGAUGUGCAGCCCUGCAGACUGGAUCCGUCAGGACGACUGGCCUGUUGGCAUUCGCAACGUGGGAAACACCUGCUGGUUCAGUGCCGUCAUACAGUCAUUGUUCCACCUGCCUGUGUUCAGGAGGCUGGUUCUCAACUACCAUCUGUCUGAGCGAAUCCUGGAGAAGUGUAAGAGCCACUCUGACAAGAGGAACAUAGCUUUCAUGCAGGAGCUGCGCUGCCUGUUCGCCCUCAUGGUCGGCUCCACCCGCAGGUUUGUAGAUCCCUCUGCUGCAGUGGAGUUACUCAGAGAUGCCUUCAGGACCAACGAGGCCCAACAGGAUGUCAGUGAGUUUUCCCACAAACUCCUCGACUGGCUGGAGGAUGCAUUUCAGCUGGCUGCCAGUGGAAACAGCGCUGAAGACAAACAGCACAACCCCAUGGUGCAGCUUUUCUACGGCACCUUUGUGACAGAACGAAGACAUGAAGGUAAGACGUUAUGUAACACUGAGCAGUUCGGCCAGUACCCCCUUCAAGUCAACGGCUUCAACAACCUGGAUGAAUGCCUAGAAGGCGCCAUGGUUGAGAAGGAGAUUGAAUCGCUGCAUUCAGAUCACGGCGUUACAUCUGGCCGCGAGAGAUGGUUCAAAACGUUGCCACCAGUUCUGACAUUUGAACUGUCCAGAUUUGAAUUCAACACCCAGCUCGGUCGUCCCGAGAAGAUACACAAGAAACUGGAGUUCCCACAAAUCAUUUACAUGGACAGAUAUCUCCACAAAAACAUAGAACAGACCAAUGAGAGGAGAGGAGAGGUGAAAAAACUCAAGGAGCAACUUGCAGUCCUCCAACAGAAAUUUGAAUGCUACAAGAACUACGGCUCAGGACCGACCAAGUAUCCUCUGGCGGACAUGCUGCAGUUUGUGUUGGAGUUCGCCACCACCAAACCCUCAAGCGUUUCCCCAGCUGAAGACCUGAGACUCGCUGCGUCUUCACCGACUCCUGCGAGCAAUGGCCUCAGUGAGCCCAACUCCAAAGACAACAGUGCUCCUGAAGACACAGAUUCACCCGAGGGCCUGGUUUCCAGUGUUUCCAGUUGCCAGCGGACCCCCAUAUACAAGCCGUUCACCCAGUGCAGACACCCAGUCGACUGUCCGCCGCACCCAGCGCCACACAGCAUCACUGAGGAAGAGCUCCACUUUGUGAAGACCUGCCUCCAGCGCUGGAGGACUGAAGUAGAGAAUGAUAUCAAUGAGCUAAAGGCCAGCAUUGACAGGCUCAGUCAAAAGCUCGAGGGUAUGUACUCAGACAACAGUCUCUGCCAGGUUCCCUACAGACUCCACGCAGUGCUCGUCCAUGAAGGCCAGGCGUCAGCGGGUCAUUACUGGGCCUACAUCUACGACCACGCCAACCAGCGCUGGAUGAAGUACAAUGACAUCAGCAUCACUGAAUCAUCAUGGGAUGAGCUGGAGAGAGACUCGUUCGGGGGGAUGACCAACGCCAGUGCUUACUGCCUGAUGUACAUUGAUGACAGGCUACCCAACCUCAUUACAGAAGACACAGAUGAUGAGACAGGCCAGGUGCUGCUCGGCAUGGACUCCCUGCCGCCCAUCCUCAGGCGCUACGUCCACGAGGACAACCGCUGGUUCCAGCAGGAGCUCAGCGAAUGGGAGGAGCAGUUCUGUCAGACGGCAGCCCCGCAGGGAGAGUCUACGGCGUCCGCAGAGCCCCCGAAUCCCGGUCCAGACGAUACACAGCAAACGCCUGUUGAGCCAGCACCUCAGUCCGGACCGUCCGCUGAAGAGCCGGACCAGGGAGCUGCUUCAGAGCCACAACCAGAACCAGAAGCUGAGAAGGAUCCGCAGCCCGAGCCCAGUGAGAAGCCUGAAGAAGAAUCAGAGUUGACACCAGCACCACCACCACAGAGCCCUGGCUGCCAGCCAGACGACAGCAGCAGUGCAGCAGUCACCGACACCCCGGGGCCCAGUGAGAGCUCCGCCUCAGCUGAGCAGGAGCAGGAGCUGGAGAGUCAGACUCCUGGCCCCGAAGCAGAGCUCAGUGACCCGGCACCAUCUGACCUCCAUGUGGAGAAGGAUGUCACAGAGGUGGCAAACCUCAGCGCUGAAGCUGAAGCUGAUGCUGAAGGUGAACCAGAGGCCUCCAGAGAAGCUCCCGAACACGCGGCAGAUCAGGAAGUCGAGGAGCAGCAGCAGCAGCAGCAGGAGGAGGUGGAGGUCCCGGCUCGACAGCGACAGACUGAGAACGAGGUCUCCGAAGUGGAGAUCCCCAACGUGGGCAGGAUCAUGGUGAGGGCCGAUGCCGAUGGAUACAACGAAGAAAUGAUGCUGACUCCGGCUAUGCAGGGCGUCAUUCUAGCCAUCGCCAAGGCCCGACAGACUUUCGACAAGGAAGGCCCUGAGGCCGGCCUCAUCAAGGCCUUCCACGAGGAGUAUUCCCGCUUGUAUGAGCUCUCCCAGGAGGAGGCGACGCCCCAGGAAGAUGCUCGUCUGCAGCACGCUCUCGUCUAUUUCUUCCAGAACCAGGCACCCAAGCGCGUCAUCGAGAGGACGCUGCUGGAGCAGUUUACGGACCGCAACCUGAGCUUCGAUGAGAGGGCCAUCAGCAUCAUGAGGGAAGCCCGAGCCAAGCUGCGCCUCAUCAAGCCAGAAGACAUGGACAUGGAUGAAUACUUGCAGUGGCAUGAUAACUACAGGAUGUUCAGGACGGUGUUUGUCUACCUGCUGACUGGGCUGGAGCACUACCAACAUGGGAAGAUGCGUGAGGCGCUGAACUACCUGGCUCAUGCGUACGAGACCAACGCCACUCUGCUGAGGAACGGAGAGAAGCACGGCGUGGACUCGUCUCUUAUUGCGGUUUACAGGAGGAAAUGUCUCACCGCGUUGAACGAAAGCGCAUCGCGGCUGUUCUGCAGCGGUGAGGAGAGCAAGGUGGAGGAGGGCGUCGCCAUCAUGGAUGAGGUCGUAAUCCCCUGCCUUCACCUGAUGAGCCGGGACUCGGCUUUAUCCCAGGAAGACCGGGACGCCAUGGAGAGCAUCCGCAGCCACUGGUGCUGCUGCCUGGGCCAGGACAUGGACGACUCAUUACAGGUGAAGCUGGGCGAGUUGCUUCCCCGAGUUCUGGACGGUUCCACUGAGACAGUAGUGCUUAAAGACCCACCCAAAGUCCACGUCAACCAGGCCCACGACCUGUGCAGUCGCCUGGCCGCCGUCAUGGAGUCCAUUCACAACACCUCCAUAGUCGCCGUCAAGUAAAGUCCUGGACGAGACCCUCCAGCGACUUCCUUCAACCGCGCGUGCUCAUGUGCUGAACGACUGUGGGGCUGAAGCAUCGUGUAGUUUUCCGCAGGCCACAUUGUGUAUUUCAUUUUAGCUGCUGGUGUUUGGUGUUGCACAUGAAUAUCAUUUAUCAUGUUAUCAUAGCAAGCUUUAAGCACUCAUUAGGGGUAGAUAUGGGGUGGGGGCAGGGCACGUGCUCGUUACAACAGCAUUACUGCAUUCAUACAUUUUACCCCAAAUUACAUCCUCUCGCCCCAUGUGUUCAAAAGAAAAAUACUAACAGUACUUUAAAAGUCAUAAUGGCCUUAAAACAGCAGCAGGUUAUGCAAAAGAGGCUCGUAUGACCUGCAGAACUGGCAACCGUCAUACAGUUAUUUAUUGACCAGAUAUCAGUGAACACAUGCACGUUAGAGACUCUUUGCCCUCAGAUUCUCUUUGACGUUAAAACACAGACUUAACUUUAUCUUAAGAGCACGUUACGUCCUCACGUGGUUUCUUAAAACUGCAGAGAGAGGCGUAAAGAUGUGUGUAGCUGUAACGUGCUGAACGAGAGACGAUAUUACAUCAGCAGAACAAUGACGCGUUAGAUUCUGCAGAGUGUUUUACUGACUGGUAAACUUGUUAACUUUAAACACUGGCAACAAUUAGACUGUCACUCAGCUCUGCAGGGAGUGACUAGAUGGAUGAUUUGUUGAUUGUGUUGCUAAGCAUUGUGAACGCACGAUGAAGCCUUUUAUAUGGGGCUAAAAAAAACAACAAAAAGAAACACUAGAUUUGUACUGCACAGGAACAGAUACUGUUUACUAGCUUUUUUUUUUUAAAUAUAUGUUUUAUAUUACUUUGUAUUUUUCCUAAACAGACUCUAGAAAAAGCUCAGAAAGAUGUCUACAGUACAAUUAUGCAUAAACAUAUUAAGGGUUUUCUGUACAACGCACUCAGAUCUCAGUACAUCUGUGGACAGAACCUUACGGAUACAGAUGUGCCUUUUCUGCCUUUUCUCUGUAAGCCACAAUAUGAAACGACAAACACAGGACAACAAUAGAAAAAAAAUAAAAAAAAAGGAUUUUAUCUUGUGUCCCAGAUGCAAAGCAGUUUCAUGAAUGAAUCCUCCAAAUCACAGUUUUCAGACCAGCAACAUGGCGCCUCCUGUUAGAGCCAUUUCUGGCUGUCGAAUUCACACUGCCUUUUCACUUGUAGUCUGUGAUGAUACUCAAUAAAUGUUUUAAAUACUC